UUGAACGAAAUAUUGCGGGUUUUUGAAAGUGCGAUAGUGCGAUUGGUAGAGAUAGCUUGAGAAAGGAGAUAGUUUGGAUUUAUUUUCCAAUUGACUCCACAAGUAGUAAGAGAUAAACCCAUCGGAUACCAUUUAGUUGCCCAGCGAAAGAAAAUCAAAAAAUCGUAUCAUAUACUAUGGACGACAUGAAGGAUAAGAGUAUACACUUCACGGCCCAAAAACUUUCUGAAGACAUUCAAAAUAUGAAAAUCUAUAAAUCAUUUUACUCAGAGAUUCAGAAACUUGUUUCCUCACCAAACGUCCGUAAAGAUGAUUUUAAAAAUACGUUACUGGACUCAAUGAAAAAAACAGGGAUGGAGACUGAACUACGCAAUACUGUUUUCCACUGGGUUCGAUCACAUAAUAACAGAGAUUCAGAUGGCAUGAGUUCUGUUGUUAGGGAACCUUUAACAUACUUGCGCAAAGCUCAGUUACAGUGGGAGAAACGUAUUCACAAGUCUCUUAACUCUAUGUGUGGAGAACUUGGAGUUCCCUUAGCACGUCUAAGACAAACUACAGAUAGAGAGGAGCUAGAUGAGAAGUGGACUGAGCUGAGCACAUAUGACAUAGAUCUCAGUCAGUAUAGGCCUGUAUAUGCUCCUAAAGACUUUCUAGAGGUCUUACUAUUGAUACGCAGUCCAAAUUAUCGAAUAUUAGAUGAAGGUGUAUGGGAUUUCACUCAAAUUCCUUUGAAAGUGAAGAAUAUCACUGAGCUGAGAGCUCUCUACCAAGAGCUGUCGAGAGGAGAGGCCUUGCUUGGAGUAAAUCCGUACAUGGCAUCAUCUAGUAGUUACCCGACUUUGGAAGCUGAGCGUACAACGCUUGGGGAGAAAGUACUUCUCUCCAAUCAAGCCCCUGUAGCCCAGGAGUUCCUUAAAAGGGGUUCACCACGAUGCCUACGAGGAAGACUAUGGGCCCAAGUAUUAGGAUCUGCAGUGAAGCAAACUCAUAGAGAAUACUUUUCAGAGCUCAAACAGUUAGUCCUUCAACAUGACCUCAUGGUUGAUAAGUUAAUCAUAAAGGAUGUUCAACUCACAGCCUCUAAUGAUGAUCAAUACUUUGUCUUUGAGGAUGUUUUAUAUCAAGUAAUGUUGUGUUUUUCUAGAGACACUGAAGUUCUCUCAGUUUUUAAUCAUAGUUCUGCUAGUCCAAUAAAUGCUAUAUUGAAAAGCAAAUCACCAUCACUAGAAAACACAGUAAUUUAUCCUCCUAGUGGUGUCAUUCCCUUUCAUGGUUUUACUAUGUAUGCUACUCCAUUUUGCUACUUGUAUGACGACCCUGUUGCACUUUAUCAUACAUUGAGAGCCUUCUACAUGCGGUACUGGUUCCGUUUACAUGAGGUGUCCUCCCACCCUCAAGGCCUACUUGCACUUUGUAUACUCUUUGAGAGAUUGUUGCAGAGACAUGAACCACAGCUUUGGAUGCAUUUUAAAUUAAUGAAUGUUCAACCCAUCCGUGUUGUUUUCAAGUGGCUCAUGAGGAGCUUCUCUGGACAUUUACCUCCAGAACAGCUAUUACUAUUAUGGGAUCUAGUAUUAGCUUAUGAUUCCCUUGAGAUUCAGGCUUUACUGGCUGUAGCAAUUUUAAGUUUUCGUAGAGAAAAUUUACUGCAAGUUAGCAACCAACAAAAUGUUGAGGCUGUUCUUGCAGAUUUAUCAUCUAUUGCUGUGAUGCCCCUUCUGCAGUUAACAUUGAUGAGGGACUAGAUUAAGUAUUGACAUAUGCCUCCAUAGUCAUGGUGAGUUACUUAUCUAUUUAUUACAAAAUAUCUUGCUGGUGAUGGUGGUGAUAGUAGACAACUAAUAUUAAAAUUUCAUUGAAAGUUCAUUAAUUUAA